GGGCGGGUGGGCGGAGAGCGCCGAGGGGUGAGGCCCUGCUGCAGGGGCCGCUCGGCCCAGGGGGAGCCCGCGCCCCGCUCAGCCUUGCAACCCCGCGCCCUGAGCAUCUUCCCGGAGGAAGGGAGACAAAGGAGGAUUCAUGUCCAAAGGGUUCCCAGAGACCAGGACGGACGCAGCCAUGUCAGAGCUGGUGCCUGAGCCCAGGCCUAAGCCGGCAGUGCCCAUGAAGCCCGUCAGCAUCAACUCCAACUUGCUGGGCUACAUCGGCAUCGACACCAUCAUCGAGCAGAUGCGCAAGAAGACCAUGAAGACCGGUUUCGACUUCAACAUCAUGGUCGUUGGCCAGAGUGGACUGGGCAAGUCAACACUGGUCAACACACUCUUCAAAUCCCAAGUGAGCCGCAAGGCCUCCAGCUGGAACCGGGAGGAGAAGAUUCCCAAGACGGUGGAGAUCAAAGCUAUUGGGCAUGUGAUAGAGGAAGGCGGUGUCAAAAUGAAGCUGACUGUCAUCGACACCCCGGGCUUUGGAGACCAGAUCAACAAUGAAAACUGCUGGGAACCCAUUGAGAAGUACAUCAAUGAGCAGUAUGAGAAGUUCCUAAAGGAGGAGGUGAACAUCGCCAGGAAGAAGCGCAUCCCUGACACUCGUGUCCACUGCUGCCUCUACUUCAUCUCCCCCACGGGACAUUCCUUGCGACCUCUCGAUCUCGAGUUCAUGAAACACCUCAGCAAAGUUGUGAACAUCAUCCCUGUCAUUGCUAAGGCUGACACCAUGACCCUGGAGGAGAAGUCUGAAUUCAAGCAAAGGGUUCGCAAAGAGCUUGAAGUAAAUGGCAUUGAAUUCUACCCGCAGAAGGAAUUUGAUGAAGAUUUGGAGGACAAGACAGAGAAUGACAAAAUCAGGCAGGAGAGCAUGCCUUUCGCUGUGGUGGGAAGUGACAAGGAGUACCAAGUGAAUGGCAAGAGGGUCCUCGGCAGAAAAACUCCGUGGGGGAUCAUUGAAGUGGAAAACCUCAACCACUGUGAGUUUGCCUUGCUCCGAGACUUUGUCAUCAGGACCCACCUCCAGGACCUCAAGGAAGUGACACACAACAUCCACUAUGAGACUUACAGGGCCAAGCGGCUCAAUGACAAUGGAGGCCUCCCUCCGGGAGAAGGCCUCCUGGGCUCUGUCCUUCCUCCUGUGCCAGCCACCCCCUGCCCCACGGCUGAAUGAAGGCCAUUUCAAGCGCUGCUUCUCCCUCCAUCCCUCUCAGCUGUACUGCUGCAGGGCCAAGCCCUUUUUAGCGCUGUGCUUGUCCAGCCCACCGCCACAGCCCCUCUCAGCCCUCAGCAGGUGGGGGCGGCAGCUGCCUCUUUAGGUCAGUUGCGUUCUCCAUUUAUCCAACCCACUGCUCUCCUCCCAGUGGAAUGGAGUUCUGCCAGCGCUGCCGCACUCCAUCAUCUGUGUCAGCCGGCCCCAGUCCGUCUGUAGGGUGAAAGAACUCAUCAAGAGCUGCUUCUGCCCUUGCAAACCCAUACCAGCUACUUGUAACCAUCCUAAGGGCAAUGGCAUUGCUCCCUGUCCAUUCAUCUGCAUGAGCUACCCUUGGCUUCCUGAGAGGGUCAAGAAAGCAACUUUUUCUGCUUGUCAGAUUCAUUGACAUCAGCUGUGUGAGCCCCAGUGUGGGACAAGAGUGUCUCCUUCAUUGUUUAAAAGUAUUCAUAAGGGUGGGUCACUACAGAUGUUGGGGAGCAAGGGCUAGGAUAACUUUUUUAAAAAUCACCACUUGUGGCUGGCCCAGAAUGUGGUUACAUACCCUCCCCACCCCAUAACACAGCCACUGAGGAAGAGUGAUGUUCCCCGACAGACAUUGCUAGGGUUGACUUCCUUAUCCCCAAACUUAAAAAGAUAACAACACACACAAAACUCCAGAAACUCAUAAGAUGUACAAUCUAGGAAGAACAAUAGCACCCUUCUGUCCACUUAGCAAUAAGAGGGAUCUCUUCCUCCCUACCCUGCCUACUCCUAUCCCCACCCCCAUCCCAUUAAUGUGAGUAAUGAAUUAGCCUGGCCACAGGUGGUUGCUAUAGGCUAACGGAAAAUACCCGACGAAGGGCAAAGCCCCCAUCAGAUGCAUGAAUGUUUGCGAGUGUCAGCUGCCACUGCCCCACACACUGUGUCUUUAUGGAAUCCCCCCUUGCCCACCCCACCACCACCUCCACCUGGACACAACUUGCUCAAAGGCUGGUGACUUGUGGGCCAUUCAUCUACAACCAAGUCCUGAUGGAGCAAGAGGCCCAAGCCUAGGGGAUGCAAGAACGACCCAUUUCUUAAAUGUUACCGGUCCCAGCCAAUCUUAUGGUGACAUUAUGGUUAAAUUUCCCAACUGAAAACAAGCCAACAGACACUCUAAGUGGUCCUGUAAAUGUUGCUAGACUUUACAUGUUGUACAACUAAACAUUGCUGUUUGAACAGUAA